AUGGCUCCGCAGACUGUGCCCGUCCUCAAUGAGCAGGAAGCAGCGUGUGGGUGGAGCCUCGGGUCCCUCCCUGGGGUGUACUUGGCCCUGAGUGCACAUCUGUCUGGAUCUACGUCAGCUGUACCACAGCGAGCCCACGUCCACACCUCCACCCUGCAGCUUCAGCCCGGCGGCAUCAUGAGCGCUUCUGUAGCCGUGUACCGGAAUAUCUACACGGAGGACCGCUUCAAACAGGCCUACGGCGCGGACGAGCAGCGCACUGGAGACGCACGCCUGCGGGAGCGUCUCAGCGGGGCGUGCAGGUGCUCACGCCGCGCAUGCCUCCACCUGCUCCGGGACAGAGUGCCCGUGCUGGACUGGCUGCCCGCGUACAGCCCCAAGAAGUGCCUCCUAGGAGACACUGUGGCGGGACUUACUGUAGGAGUCCUUCAUAUUCCACAAGGGAUGGCUUUUGCGUUACUGACAUCAGUUGCUCCAAUAUUUGGUCUGUACACAUCUUUCUUUCCUGUGCUCCUCUAUAUGAUCUUUGGCACUGGACGUCAUGUAUCAACAGGCACAUUUGCAGUGGUGAGUCUGAUGACAGGCUCUGUGGUGGAGCAGCUUGUACCCACUCCUCUGGAGGUGAACUCCUCUUCUUCGGCUGCCGAUGAUUUUGAGGCUCAGAGGAUUGCUGUGGCCUCGGCUGUGGCUCUCCUCUCUGGAAUCAUCAUGCUCUGCAUGUUUGGACUUCAGUUGGGCUUCUUGUCCACUUAUCUGUCAGAACCCAUUGUAAAAGCUUUCACAAGCGCAGCUGCUCUCCAUGUCACCAUCUCACAGCUACAAAGCAUGCUGGGACUGCGACUACCCCGCCACACUGGCACCUUUUCUCUUUUUAAGACUGUUGUCACGGUGAUGAAGAACCUCGGUGACACCAACAUGGCAGAGCUGCUGAUCUCCUUGUUGUGUCUCAUUGUCCUGGUGCCCAUCAAAGAAGUCAAUAUGAGAUGCAAACACAAACUGCGUACACCGAUACCUGUGGAGAUACUUACAGUGAUCAUAGCCACAGCAGUGGCGUAUGGCUUCUCCCUGGACUCCUCUUUCAGCAUACAGAUAGUUGGACACAUUCCAGCUGGGUUCCCGAGGCCACGGAUGCCUGCUUUGCACACUUUUCCUGAGAUUGCUGGAGACACGAUAGCCAUAACAUUCGUUGGCUAUGCUGUUUCUGUAUCUUUAGCUAUGAUUUAUGCAGAUAAACAUGGUUACUCAAUACAUCCAAACCAGGAGCUCCUGGCACAUGGCAUCUCUAACACGGUGUCAUCGUUUUUCACCUGUUUCCCCAGUUCAGCCACUUUGGCCACUACCAACAUACUGGAGAGCGCUGGUGGCCACACACAGUUGUCCGGGUUAUUCACCAGUCUGGUGGUUCUUGUCGUCCUGCUGCUGAUUGGGCCUCUUUUCUACUUCUUACCAAAGGCUGUCCUCGCGUGCAUCAAUGUCACCAGCCUGAGGCAGAUGUUUCUGCAGUUUCAGGACCUUCCUGAACUGUGGCGAAUCAGCAGAAUAGACUUUCUGGUAUGGUUGGUGACAUGGCUGUCUGUAGUGGUGCUCAAUGUGGACAUGGGUCUGGCCAUCGGAGUGGUGUUUUCAAUGAUGACUGUGAUCUGUCGCACACAGAGGGCUGGCUGUUCUGUCCUCGGACGGGCAAGCAACACAGAAAUCUACAGACCGCUGGAAAAACAUACCAAGUGUCAUGAAGUGCCAGGGGUUAAGAUCCUGACUUACAAUGGGCCAAUCUACUAUGGAAACCGCAAUUUCUUCCGUGAAGAAGUUAGUAAGCUGCUUGGCCUGACUCCAGAGAAAAUCCGCAGCCGCGAGAAAGUCCAGAAAGCCUUGGAAAAACGCGAGCAGGAGACGUCCGUCAACACAGUGGAAAGAGGCAUCACAAACCAUUUAUUUUCCCCGAAUAAUGAGAUUUUCAGACCAGAGGUCCCUGAGAGCGAGGUGCAGACGGUGCUGAUCGACUGCAGUAGUGUCCUAUUUGUGGACGUAGCUGGAGCAAGACUCUUCAUACAGAUGUGCACCGAAUGCCAGAAGAUUGGAGUUAGUGUGUAUUUAUCCAACUGCAAUGAAAAUGUCUUAAGGAUUCUAACUUCAAGCGGUCUAAUGAACUAUAUCAAUGCACAACAUAUUUUUGUUACAGUACAUGAUGCAGUAAUGUACAUUCAACAGCAGAGGGAGAAACCACAAGAAAACACCUCCACGGUUUGGGUAUGA